UUGUGAAAAUGAACAAAAAGUAAAUUUUCCGUAACCUACAUCGUAAAAAAAUUUAAGCUGCCUAGUGUCUGUAUCUGUAUGUGAUUUGAACGGAGUAGAGAAUAGAGAAAAUAAAAACUAGUCUUAUAAAAAAUCAUCAAUUAAAUAAUAAACAAACAGACAAAAUGGAUAAUGAUAACGAAAAAGAAAAUGUCAAUGAAGUGGAUUAUUAUACAUUUUUAAAUUUACCUAGAAACGCAACAGCUGAAGAAAUUCAACAAGCCUACAGACGUCAGAGUAGACUUUAUCAUCCAGAUAAACACGUGGAUCCGGUAUUAAAAAAGAAAGCUGAAAUUUUAUUUAGUCGUACCAAUAAAGCAUAUGAAGUUCUAAAUGAUCCGCAUCGAAGAGCAAUAUAUGAUUCACUAGGUGUACGUGGAUUGGAAACACAGGGCUGGGAAAUAGUCCAACGUACAAAAACGCCACAAGAAAUAAGAGAAGAGUAUGAACGUAUUGCUAAAGAACGUGAGGAAAGACGAUUGCAGCAACGGACAAAUCCAAAGGGUAAUGUCACCGUGUUUAUAAACGCGACAGACAUUUUUAAUAAAUAUGAUGAAGACUAUGAAGUCAACGAGGGAAUACUGGGAGGUAUCGAAGUCAGCGGGAUGUCAUUCCAACAGUCAAUCGAAGCCCCCUUGACUUUAAAAGACACGUUGACACUUUAUGGGCAAGUCGAUGCUCAGAAUGGUACCGGUGUAGGAUCGAUAAAUGUAUCUGGCAGAAGGACUCUUUCAUCUAAGAGCUGGAUGGAGUUGGACAUUGGAGUUGGCAAUGGGCCUGUUACGACACUAAAAUUUUAUCGUUCUCUUGCGCGAAGAUUAUUUUGCACCGGUGCACUUAUGAUGCAAUUUAAGGCUCAGGAAAUCAGGCCAGGAUUAGUUGGAUCUUUAGGAUUACAAUUAGAUAAACAAAGUGUAGGAUACUUGACAUUCAAAGGUGGAAUUCAAAACUCAAUGUCUACAAUGAUUGUCCGUGAAACGCCUGAAUCUUUUACCUCUUUUACUUUACAAUUUGGAUAUAUAAAUACCUUUGCUAGUUUUAGUUACACUUACAAAAUGGAAGAAAAAAAAAUGAAAUUACGUGGGACACUAAAAGCUGGUACUCUUGGUGCUUACAUUGAAUAUGGGGCGGAAAAAAAAGUAUCUAAACACAGUUCUCUGUCAGCAUCAGUUCGCGUUGGGAUGCCCAGUGGAGUGACACUGAGAAUAAAACUAAUCCGCGCGUCUCAGACUUAUUUAUUCCCGAUUCAUUUGUGCGAGGAAGUCGUGCCCGCGCCGAUAUUCUAUGCCACUGUGGCACCAAUCAUCACGUGGACAAUCGUCAAAAAAAUAAUUGUCGAGCCGAUGAUGAAGGAGCAGAAAGACCGCGAGAAAGAAAAGCAGAAGGAGUUGAAUCGCGUUUGGACGCUGCAGAAACAGAGAGAAGCCAAAGCUGCCGUUGAACUUAUGAUGGCAACAUUCAGCAGAAUUAGAGCCGAAGAGGAAGCUAAGCAUGGUUUAGUCAUCACUAAAGCGCUUUAUGGGAGAUUUGUUUAUCCAGAUAGACGAAAUCAACAACAAGAGAUUCCCGAUGACUCGAGGGAUGACGUUAUCGAUGUUACUAUUCCCUUACAAUGUUUAGUUGUUAAUUCCCGACUAGUUCUUCACGAUGCUUCCAAGAGUGAAUUACCGGGAUUUUACGAUCCAUGUUUUGGUGAAGACAAACAAUUAUUAUUACAAUAUUUAUUUCAUAAACAAACUCACGAGUGUCUUGUCAAAGACAAUGAACCUCUGAGAAUACCUUUACAAUCACAUCGGGUGAAUACUACUUGACGAAAAAAGCGAACUUCAAGAGUAAAGCAAACGGGAUAAUUUUGCAUGCUCAAUUUAUUUCUUUGUUUUAUUUUAAUCAUAAUCGAGUUCGUGUUCAGCCAAAUCCAAUAUAUUGAUUAUGACUAUAAAAUUAAUAAUUAUAUUUUUUGUUAUUUCAAUCAAAUUUAAAAAUUACGGGGUUAAUUUUUUUU